ACAUUAUACACAGAGAAAUGGCAUAGAAACAUUGAGUAUUAUACAAGGACAAACCACAAAGGAGCUUACCUGUUCAAAAUGGGGGCUAUGUACCGCUACAUUGGGGGAACGCUGCUUGCCUUUGGUCUUCUCAGUUUGUUUUCUGGGGUUCUUGCUUUUUUUCCAGUUUUCAGCUACAAGCCCUGGUACAUUGGCUGGAGUGUCAAAAUUGCCACUCCAAUCUGGAACGGAGUUUUGGCCAUCAUUGCAGGCACGUGUGUACUGCUGGCGUACAGAGAACAGACAAAAAGAUCACUGUGGGAAGUUAGCUACACCUUUGCCAUCAUGUGUACCAUGCUCUCUCCAAUACAAUUCGCAAUUGCCAUUGCCUCCAUCUUGAUUGGCCCAUAUUGUUACUACACAUUCGCUGGAGCUGUUGGAACCAAUUACCUUGGCUACGCUGUGGAGCUCCCGUUUCCCUAUGCCAAGUUUCAGAAUGUAUGUCAGGACCCAUUGUUCUAUCAAUGGUAUCACCUGGCCCUGCAGCUCCUAGACCUUGUCACCAGUGUCAUUAUCUUCAGCUUAUCCCUGAUCUUUAUUAUCAGGCUGACAAUGAGGCUCCACAAAAUUGGAAAUUUAAAUGUAAGUACGUUUAUAGAACAGCACAGCCAAUGAGAAUCGAUCCCCCUAUCUGAGUCGCUCAGAAAUUGCAGCAUUGUAAAGCUGUAUUUUCAAUCUUUACAACAAAAUAACAUUCAAAUAUUGGGACAGUUCCACAUGUGUUCAUUUAAUUAAAAAGCCCUUUCAUGAUCUCUGAGAGUACCUGUAUUUUAAUUCCCUGCUUUUCUAUCACAGAAUAUACAUUGCAUUUUACAUAAGAGAUUUAAAAGAUAUUUUUAUGUGGAGUAUGUGCCUUCUUCUGUGUCACAAAAUUCAGAGUAAUUAACAUGGCAAUGUGUAAAUGAGAGUAUGCAUUGCUCACCUGUACUGCAUGAAUGGAUAUGUAGAGUGUCAAGGCGGCUCAAGUUAGUUGGAGAUUUGCAUUCUCUGCAUAGGUAAUUUGAGGUACAGGUACUGAUCUUUAUCACUACCGUUUUAGUUUAUAGAAUAAUAUGGUUUAUCUGCUGUGUGAACUUAAACACAGAAAACUCAAGUAUGCAUUAGCACAGGGACUGCCCUGGAUCAGAGAAUGACCCUUCAUGCACAAAUUCAACCCAGUGGACUUUACCAUAGUUAUCAUGGCGUUUUUAAUUACUGAGACAUUGCUUGAAUUGUUUAGAUGAUUUAUCCUAAACAUUGUCAAAAUAAAUAGAAAGGGACUCCCAUUUGAUGUGCCAUCAGGAAAUUGCAGGAGAAAAUAAGUUUUGCCUCUCUAGAUUAAAAAUAGCCCCAAUCUCUUUCCAUGUUAGGAUCGGUAUAAGGUAGACAGAUUAUGUAAUCCAUAUUGUUCUUUAU